AUGGCGGACAUGUCAUCUCGGUCGCGCUUCAAGGCGUCAGCAGUGGUGGACCUGUCGUCUCGGUCGCGCUUCAAGGUACAUGAGGAGGUUGAUGCCGUUGUUAGUGCGAGUCUGCCCACCCUGUCCCACCGUUCCCAGCUGCACUACGUGAAUGCCUGCCUGCUGGAGACCAUGAGGAUCCGCACUCUUGUUCCUAUCGCAACUCACGCCACCGCGAAGGAUGUGAUGGUGAAUCUGCAUUCCCUCCACAUGGACCCCGCCUACUGGACUGACCCGGACUGGUUUGACCUCGGAAGGUUUCUGGACGCGGAGGGGAACGUCAUCAACAAGCCUCAGUCAUUCAUGCCUUUUGGAGGAGGCCGCCGUGUGUGUCUUGGUGAGCUGGUGGCCAGGAUGGAGCUUUUCCUGUUCUUAUCGACCCUACUGCAGUCCUUCACCUUCAGGACGCCAGAGGGCGCUCCUCCUCCAAACACUGACGGCAUAAUUCGUCUAACGGUCAAGCCGCAUCUGUUCCAGCUCUGCGCAAUACGGCGUUAA